AAAAAACUUGUGGGCAAUAAUAAUUAAUUCUUGGACAGGGUAAUUAUUAUUGAACGGAUGUGGAGCAACCGGUAGACGGGGUCUGGGGUAAAAAAGUGACAGAUUGUGCCCGGUGGCCGUUAUGGGCCUAUAUAAAAACGUAUGAAGUCUCCUAGUUUGGCUACGUGCACGAGAAGAGAGGACUUAGAGUUGUAACUUCGAUUCUACAGUUUUCCAACAGAAGAACCGGGAAGAAUCCAACACUUCAGGACUAAACUAAAAGAGUGUUUUCGAACGCUUUUUUUGUUUUCAAAAUUCUCUCCAACUUUGCGCUUCGUUCGGAGGCUAGAAUGAUGUCUUAUCUAAAGCAGCCGCCGUACACGGUCAACGGCCUGAGUUUGUCUGCCUCUGGGAUGGACCUGCUUCAUCCGUCAGUCGGGUAUCCGGCCACCCCACGUAAACAGAGGCGCGAAAGGACCACAUUUACCCGCGCUCAGCUGGACAUUCUGGAGAACUUAUUCGCGAAGACCCGCUACCCAGACAUAUUCAUGCGCGAAGAGGUGGCCCUGAAGAUCAACCUACCUGAAUCCCGAGUUCAGGUAUGGUUUAAAAACCGAAGGGCGAAGUGUCGACAGCAGGCACAGCAGUCCCAAAGCGGUGCACAGAACAAGACGAGACCCGUCAAGAAGAAAAGUUCCCCUAUCAGAGAAGCCAGCUCCGAGAGCGGAGCCAGCGGCCAGUUCACACCGCCCCCCAGCACCUCAAUCCCGGCCGUGAGCAGCAGUAGUGCCCCAGUGUCCAUCUGGAGUCCCGCCUCCAUCUCUCCCCUCUCUGACCCACUCUCUACCUCCUCCUCCUCUUGUAUGCAACGGUCCUACCCGAUGACCUACACCCAGGCUUCUGGAUACAGCCAAGGCUAUACAGGAUCCUCAUCGUAUUUCAGCGGGAUGGACUGUGGGUCUUACUUAGCGCCUAUGCACCACCAGCUAUCCACAGCGGGCUCCACCAUGAGCCCCAUGGGCAGCAAUGGGGUCUCCAGUCACCUGAGCCCGGCUUCUUCUCUCUCCACGCCGGGAUAUGGGGCAGCGGGACUAGGCUUCAGUGGUCCAACAGACUGCCUGGAUUACAAAGACCAGGCCGCAGCCUGGAAACUCAACUUCAACGCGGACUGUUUGGAUUACAAAGACCAGUCGUGGAAAUUUCAGGUGUUGUGAAAAAAACUAGUUACUGACAUUAUCUUUUCACAAUGUGGUGAAAUAAACGUCAGGCCAUCAGUUGGGCCCAGGUUGGCAGUGAAUGAGUCGCGGAAAGGGAACGUCUGGAGCUGAACGUCAAACUAUGCCCAGAAAACCAACUGAGGAAGAGAAGGGAGCAGCCGCUCGGUCUGUCAGACAGUGUCACACCUGUAGGGUUGAAUUGAAAAUUCAGAGUGAACUCUCCUUAACUUUGAUCAAGGACAUGGAACAAAAUUGUAACCUAAGAAAAAAUGAUCAAGAGAAGCUCCAACCCUUGGUUAAGCGCGUGGAAUGGGUCAGCUUUCCAUAAGCUUCUUAGGACAUCCCAAACCUCUCCUCUUGGUUGGCAAGCUAAUGGGGCCCUUUGAUCAAAGAAUUAUGUGUGUAUGUGUGUGUGUGUGUGUGUGCAUGUGUGUACGCGCACAGCGGUGUGCCGCACGCCUCUGAGGCGAACCUGGAUGCACUAUUUAAUUUAUGAAAAAAUGUUUAUAACACACUAGUUCUAAGAGACAAUCAACCAGUAUGCGUGUGCUCAUAAAUGUUCCCCUAUGUGUUUUUAAUUUUAUAUCUGUGUUAGAAUUUGAGACUGUGAUUUAUUGUACCCGUAUGCAAUUCAGAGUUUUGCAUCUGCGAUCUUCCAGCUGUGAAUUGAAUAGUUUUUUCGUCAUGUCCAAGUGUUUAAAGAAAUAUAAAUUUUUAUGAUUAAUUAUUAGUUGAAAUAGGGAAUUUUCAAACAGUGUGAAUGGCCGCGUCAAUGAGCAGCAAAGAUGCCUGAAACAUCAAUGUCCAUUAAGAACAAAUACAACUCAAGGUUAUGCCAAACUGCUAUCAAAAGGCCAAGCACACAAAUAAAGAACGUUUGAACUGA